GCCUGGCGCUUCAGGUGAGAUCACGUUUGAUGGGUGAGAGGAGCCGCUGUCAGAUCAGACAACUCAGCGAGCAGCAGGCUAAUGGCGAAGGUGGAGCUGGCGCCGCUCAGACCGUGGGACGACUUCUUCCCCGGCUCCGAGAGAUUCGCCAAACCGGACGUGAAGGAUUUGGCGAAGUGGAACAACAGGGUGGUCAGCAACCUGCUGUACUACCAGACCAACUAUCUGGCUUUAGCCGUCGUUGUCUUCCUUAUUGUCGGGUUCCUGAACCCUCUGGGGAUGUUCACAGCGAUGGCAGUGGUGUCGGGCGUCUUCCUCGGCUCGGUGUGGGCCGGGGAGAACCGAGCAGUGAUCAACAACUUUAAGAGACAGAACCCCACAGCAUUUGUGAUCGCCAUCAUGAUUGCCAGCUAUCUCCUCAUCUCUAUGCUGGGGAGUGUCAUGGUGUUCAUGUCGGCAAUCACUUUACCUUUGGCAUUGAUAUUUGCACACUCUUCAUUUCGCCUGCGCAACAUGAAGAAUAAACUGGAGAACAAGAUCGAGGGCGCCGGCCUGAAGAGGUCACCCAUGGGUAUUUUGCUGGAGGCUCUAGGUCAACAAGAAGAGAACUUUCAAAAGAUCCAAAGCUUUCUGGAGGGAAAACUGAAGGAGUGAUCGGACAUGGAACAGAGCCACAUGCACAAAUACACACAAACGUCCAUAUUUUUGGCCAAAGAUUUUGACUUUUUUCUUAGAUUUAACAAAUGUCUGUAUCUCUCAGUCUAAACCUCUUAAAAGUAUUUUUCCUACACAGCGUGUGAACUUGUGUGUAUUUUCUAAAGCCUUGUUAUCUUUACCUGGGUUAUCUGCCAAUCCACCCAGAACUUGUCAGGGCACUUUUUCUCAAAACAUCUAUGAGUGCACCUCAACGCUGCCUCACAUCUCUGCUAUGUGGCGUGUCAGUGCUCCACACAGCUGCAGACUCCUCUCCUUGGUACAGAGAUCUGCGUUUAAUCAGAGCUUCAGCCCUGCAGUUAUCCCUCGACUAAAACUGAAAGCAAUGCAAGUGUUGCCUUUUUAACAAAGUAUUAAAAAGUGCACAGUCAACACACAUCACUGCCAAGACUCUGGGUUGUCUGCUCACAUAAAACACAACAGUUUACUCGAGCAUGCGUUUGACUAUAAACAGCAACCUCAUGUUCACGCUAAUAAAAAGAGCGAGACAAAAGAGA